AUGGAGAACCUACCCAGAGACUACCUCGUCGAAACUAUCACUGCCGACCUUAAGUCCUACCUUAGCCCCCUCAUCACCUUCCUCGGUUCCCUUACGCUCCCGAAGGAUGUCAUCCUACAAACCCGCACAGGCAGCCUCGGCACCCCCAUCCACUAUAUCAAGGCGAUGUCCGAAACCCUCCUGAACCUCGGGGACCUCGAUUCCUUCAUCCCGCUGAGCCACGAAGGCGAGGACGAGGAAUGCAGCUGGAGUGUCAUCAGCCUGGAUCUCACAGGCAUGGCAAUCAAUGCGAAUGAACUGCGAGAAGUUACGCUCGCGUUUAAGAAACUGAAGGUUGUGUAUGUCGUGUCUGCAUUCCUGGUCGAGAAAGUCGAGGCGGAUGGCAAAAAUUGGGUGGAUGAUACGGAGAGGAGAGCGACGGCAGGAAGAGUUGACGAGGACGGGCAAAGGGCGCUACGUGCUAGUGGAAGUAGUUGGGAUGCUGGAGGGACUGAAGACGGUGUUUGUGAGAGAGAAAGUGUUUGUGUGGAGUUGCAGAUUAUCUUGAGGAGCAACAAGACCAUGUAUACGAAGGAGGAGAUGAGGAGUAUGGAGGAAAUAUAUGAAGCAAAAGAGAUCACUAUGCAAUAG